UAAAGAAACUAAAAGAGAAAAACAGAGAAACAUCUCUCAAAUGGCCACCAUUAGAGUACCAGACGAAGUUACUUCCGCAGCUCAAGAUUCCGAAACUCUCAACCAAGCUUUCCGCGGAUGGGGAACAGACGAGAAGGCGAUCAUACGCGUCUUAGGAAAAAGAAACGAGAGCCAGAGAAAGAGAAUCAGAGAGAGUUACAGAGAGAUUUACGGCAAAGAUCUUAUCGAUGUUCUCACCUCUGAGCUCUCUGGUGAUUUCAUGAAAGCUGUGGUUUUAUGGACUUAUGAUCCAGCAGAGAGAGACGCAAGGCUUGCUAACAACGUCUUGAACGGGAAGAAGAAAAGCAUAGAGAAACUUAAGAUCAUCGUAGAGAUCUCUUGCACAACUUCUCCUAACCAUUUGAUUGCUGUGAGGAAAGCUUACUGUUCUCUCUUCGACUUAUCUCUUGAAGAACACAUUGCUUCCUCUGUUCCUUUCCCUCUUGCAAAGGUACUGGUGACCUUGGCAACUUCUUUUAGAUAUGACAAAGAUAUGGCUGAUACAGAAGUAGCUACUAUUGAGGCCGGUAUGCUGCGUGAAGCGAUCACAGCGAAGAAACUAGAUCAUGAUCAUGUCCUCUACAUAUUAGGAACUCGCAGUAUCUACCAGCUUAGAGCAACCUUUGUUGCUUACAAGCAGAGUUAUGAGAACACAUUAGAUAAGGAUGUUGAUGGAUGUCCGGGAGAUGCUGAUCUGAAAAGUCUAUUACAGAUGGUGAUCUUGUGCAUUGAGUUCCCUGAGAAACACUUUGCAAAGGUUGUAAGAGACUCCAUUGAAGGGUUUGGAACAGAUGAAGAUUCGUUGACGAGAGGGAUUGUGACGCGUGCAGAGAUUGAUCUGAUGAAAGCAAGAGGAGAGUACUUCAAUAUGUACAAUACAAGCAUGGAUAACGCUAUUAUUGGUGAUGUUUCCGGUGACUACAAGGACUUUCUCCUCACUUUGCUUGGUUCCAACAUCUGAUCUUUGUUUUUUUUUUUUUUAAUAUUAUUGGCUUGUGAUUUGUGUGACUUGUAACAAAAACUUCAUUUUCACUC